AAUCACUUGUUCUUCAGUUGUUUGACAAGCACAUUGAAUAUGGACCUGAUAUUUUAAUCUACAUUAAUAACUGUGUGACAAACAAACAGCCUUUAAAAGAACAGUUUCAUACUCUUUUGCAGAAAUCAUAUAAACUUCAAUGUUAUACAAAUGAUGAAAAUCAUUUAUCGGGUGAUACUGAAAAAUUUUACUGA